AUGAUCAUCAGCGGCGAGACGUAUGCCUGUGAGGCCUGCAUCCGCGGCCAUCGCACCGCACGCUGUCAACACAACGACCGGCCGCUGCAACUUAUCAAGAAGAAGGGCCGGCCCGUUUCUCAGUGCAAUCACUGUCGCUCCAUGCGCCAGUCGCGGUCUGCCCACGUCAAAUGUGAGUGUGCCAAGAGAGCCCGUGAGGGCAGGGUCGACACGGCGAACGGCGGCAGAGAGCCGUGCCGCUGCUUCGAGGACGGGAUCUGCCGAUGUGCUUUCAAGCGAGAUCCCUCGGCUGCGGACGCGCUGUCGCCUUCUGGUUCCGAACACGGCACAAACAGCGCAGCAGCCCUGGCCACAAGCAGUUCGCCAGCGAUGCAAGGGUGCUGCGGGACCCCCUCUACCAGUACCAGCGCAACCGCCACAGACACGCCAGCUGGACUCGACAGUUCACGUGCGACCGAUUUGCCGCCGCUCUUGGACCCAGCCGAUGCCAUGAUGGAUAUGGGGACGUCCUGGCUGGACGCCAUUCCGCACGACAUGGAGCCGGAUUUUCUCGGCGGCGCACCGUUCGACUUUUCCAAUUUCGAUGUGCAACCCGGCUCCUUUGAUCCUGCAGCGCCCGGCGACGCUCCCCCAGCACCGACGUCUACUCACAUUGCGCCUCUCGAAGAGGUCCCAGGAACCAUGGCAACACUGCCCAACUCGAACCUAGGCUUGACUACCCACGAAUGGACGCCCAACCAGUACAACGAGCACGAAAUCAGCGUCUUUGGCGUCCCCGAAUCGGCAUGGUUCGAGAGCUUGGGCAUGGGGCCCUCCAAGGUAGAGCUGCUCCCUGAGGAGGAUGGAAAGGUCGGACACGGUGUCGGCAAUCCACAACAUGACGCGCAGCGAUGA